AUGGGUGAACACGCCAAGGGAGCCUUGAAUCAGCCCUCUGAGAUUGACCUCCGUCAUUUGUACGCAAUUACUGAGGCUUGCACGGGAUUGGAUGGGGGCAAGCCCCGCUUCUAUGCCCAUCGCCUGAAUCCGGAUGAUGCAAAUCAACACGAUCAAUUCCGCGGGCGAAAUGGCUGGCCUUGA